AUGGGAGUGGGCGCGCCUGCCCGUGGGAGAGCCCUACAGGAGAACAAGGAGCUAGCGCCGGCCAAGCGCGCCGGGACGCCCCAGGAUCUGCGCGCAGGCGGACCCCUUCCCGCCGCUGGCGCGGUGCGACAGUACACGACGGCGGUCCAGGGCCCGGACGCCAAGGCGGAGGCAGCGCAGACCAAAGGACCUUGUGGCAGUUGCGGCCGAGGCAGCGCCCAGCGACUGGAAACGAACAAGGUCCCUGAGAUUGCAGUGGCCUACACUCCCAGACAUGCCCAUUACUGCUCUAGUAGCAGCCCCAAGUAG